AUGCCUACUAUCAGUGUAGGGCGGGAUCGUCUGUUUGCGGCUCUAGGAAGAACUUACACGCAAGAGGAAUUUGAAGACCUGUGCUUCAGUUUUGGAAUUGAGCUCGACGAUGUUACUACAGAAAAAGCGAUUGUGAGAAAAGAGAAGCAUUUGGAUGAAGAAGAAGCUGACGAGGAUGAAGAAAUUAUCUACAAAAUUGAAAUUCCUGCAAACAGAUAUGACCUACUCUGUCUCGAAGGACUGGCUCAAGCCCUUCGAGUUUUCUGUGGGAUUCAAGAAAUCCCCACUUACAAAUUGUCUGACAUUAGUAAGGAUAAAAUGCUUAAAAUGCAUGUGAAGCCAGAGACAUCUUUGAUUCGUCCCUUUGUUGUAUGUGCCGUAUUGAGAGGUAUAACUUUUGAUAAGGCGAGAUACAACAGCUUUAUUGACCUCCAAGACAAGCUGCAUCAAAAUAUUUGUCGGCGAAGGACACUUGUGGCCAUUGGCACUCAUGAUCUGGAUAAACUUGAGGGUCCUUUUACCUAUGAGGCUUUACCACCUUCGAGUAUUAACUUUACUCCUCUAAAACAGGAAAGGAGCUUCAAGGCUGAUGAGCUCAUGGAGUUCUACAAAUCAGAUUUGAAACUGAAGAAAUUCUUGCAUAUUAUUGAGGACUCUCCCGUUUAUCCUGUUUUAUAUGAUAGUAAGAGAACUGUUUUGUCUUUACCCCCGAUUAUCAAUGGUGCACAUUCAGCCAUCACUUUGGAGACAAAGAAUGUGUUUAUUGAAUGCACUGCUACUGAUCUGACAAAGGCGAAAGUUGUUUUAAAUACAAUGGUAACAGCCUUUGCGGAAUAUUGUGAAAAUAAGUUUGUCAUUGAACCAGUUGAAGUGAUUUCUUCUGAUGGAAAAUCUCACAUAUACCCUGAUUUAUCUGUCUACAAUAUGGAAGUUUCUCUAUCUUACAUUACAGGAUUGAUUGGAGUAUCCUUGGAGGCAGAAGAGGUUACCAAGUUUUUAAAUCGGAUGCAAUUGCAUGCCAAGCAAUCUACAUCUGACAGUAAACAGUGCAACUUUACUGUAUCUGUACCUCCUACUAGAAGUGAUGUCCUUCAUCCAUGUGAUGUUAUGGAGGAUGUGGCAAUUGCUUAUGGAUUCAAUGCUAUUAAGGAUCAAGCAAUAGUUGAUAAUAAGGGGUCAAAGAGAUUAGCUGCUUCCUUGACACUGCUUCCUCUGAAUGAGCUGAGUGAUCUUAUCAGAAAAGAGGUUGCAAUGAUUGGGUUCACGGAGGUUUUGACAUUCAUACUCUGCUCUAAAAAAGAAAACUUCUCCAUGCUAAACCGCAAAGAUGAUAAAUCCAAAGCGGUUAUCAUUGGAAACCCUAGAUCUUCAGACUUCGAGGCUGUCCGGACUAGUCUUAUGCCUGGCAUUUUGAAAACUGCUGCUCACAAUAAGGAUCACCCAAAACCCAUAAAGAUUUUUGAAGUGGGUGAUAUAGCUAUUUUGGAUGACAAUGAUGUUGGUGCAAAAAAUCUACGCCAACUUGCUGCACUGUACUGUGGUGCUAAUGCAGGAUUUGAGAUAAUUCAUGGAUUAGUGGACAAAGUAAUGGAAAAGAAUGGGAUUACCUUUGUUUCACCUGGUGAUAAAUCAGGGUAUUAUAUUGAGCGGUCAGAUGAGCCUGAGUUUCUUGCUGGUAGACAAGCUAGAAUUAUUUACAAGGGAAAGCAAGUUGGGACUUUUGGCAUUGUUCAUCCAGAGGUAUUAAACAACUUCGACAUUCCUGAUCCCUGCUCCUUUGUUGAACUCAACAUUGAAAGUUUCUUGUAA